AUGUCAGCUAAUCCUUACAAAGCCUUCGGGCUAUCAUGCCCCAAUGGUGGAGACUUCCACAUUUGCGAGAACACCAAGAGAGAGUUCAUCGGCUGCUGCACGACGGACCCAUGCGCAGACGGCUCAGGCCUGUGCGAAAAGGCGAAUCUUCGAGCAGCCUCAUUCUCCGAGUCCAGCUACCUUGACAUACCCCCUCAGAGCUGCGACAGCACUGGUGGCGACAACCACUUCUAUACUUGCACAGCGAACGACCCACCUUUCAUUGGAUGUUGCACCAUCAACCCGUGCGUCAACAUGACCUGCCCGUCUGCAAAUCUCCGAGCAGCGGUAUUGUCAUCUGAUCACUACGACAGAGCAUCUUUUCUGGCGCCGUCAACCUCUUCUAGCAACGGAAAGUCCUCAACAACAGCAAAAUCCGGCUCGAAUGGCUUAUCAUCCGGAGCCGUCGCUGGAAUCGUGCACUCAUUCGCAUCUGAGCGAUCCUCGCUCCGCGUUUUACUCGCCGACUUCAGCCUCCCCUUUACCUUCGUAUAA